AUGAAUGAGAAGGAGCUCCCCCCGCACUUCAGGGAAGACAACUUAAGCGAAGACACAAAGACUUUAAUCUCUUCACUUCCUUCGUAUAAAGAUUCUGAAGGGAAUCUCUACAACUACAAAGGAUGUUGGUACUACCCAAACACACUUCAAGGAGUCCUUAAUUACGAGAAAGGUUUCAAGCCUCAAGAAACCGAUAUAAUCCUCGCUUCUUUCCCUAAAUCCGGAACCACUUGGCUCAAAGCUCUCACCAUCGCUCUCUUUGAGAGAUUGAAGACGGACACUUAUUCUGAUCAUGUUCUUCAGUCCGAUAAUCCUCAUGGCUUGGUACCCUUCUUAGAGAUGAGUCUUUAUCUCAAAAGCUCAACACCUGACCUGUCCAAGUUCUCAUCUCCAAGGGUGUUCUCAACUCACAUGCCAUUCCAUACGCUUCAGUUACCCCUCAAGGGCUCUCCUUGCAAGGUCGUGUACGUGUGCAGGAACGUGAAGGACGUGUUGGUAUCGCUAUGGUAUUUCAGGUCCGCUCAUCUUCAAAAAGAAGUAGAAAUGGAGUCUUUGUUUGAGCCAUUAUGCAAGGGAGUUGGCUUUUUUGGACCCUUUUGGGAACAUGUAUUGAGCUAUUGGAGAGGUAGCUUGGAAGAUCCUAAGCAGAUUCUCUUCAUGAGGUACGAGGAAAUGAAGUCAGAGCCAACUGCUCAGGUUAAGAGACUUGCUGAGUUCUUGGGUUGUCCAUUCACUGAGGAAGAAGAAGAAGAUGGUUCCGUGGACAAGCUCGUGGAACUUUGUUCUCUGCGUAAUUUGAGCGGUAUGGAGAUCAACAAUUCAGGGAAAACUUUCAACAAUGUGCCUUACUCUACUUUUUUCCGCAAAGGAGAAGUGGGUGACUUCAAGAAUCAUCUGACUACUGAAAUGGAAAACAAAAUCGACAAGAUCAUCCAGGAGAAAUACAAUGACUCCGGUUUGAAAUUUUGAGUGUUGUGUUAUUUGUGCUAGCCUUUGAUUUAUUCUGAGCUAUGUGUUAUUUCUGCUUUCCUUUAAUGUAGACUAGCUAUUGACCCGCUCGCCCGAG